AUGGGCGUCGUAACGAACAACAAACAAACUAUCGGCAUGUGCGCGGUGUGCCGCGACUACCCAGUCGAGGAUGACUGCAUCGAUCAAAGUGACCGUUUCUGUUUUUCAUCCACCGAUUACGAGGAGGACGCCAGUGACGGCAGGCCAGUGUAUCUGACGCAAGGUUCGACCCCAGCAACACAGGAAUACGACCCAGACGGACCCGUGCUUUACCCCGUAGCUGCUGGACGCGAGGAGGAAAACCGAAAACAGGCGGCGAUCAUCGACGCCCAGAAAGCUGCUGCGGCCCAGGCCGGUCAGAAUUCGGCAGGAACCGCAAGCAGCAAGGACCUCACAAAGCAGUUGCAAUCUGGCUCCACAUCGCAAUCGUCGGCUACCGCUGUGCAUAAUCAGGUCAAAAAUCAACAGGGCAGCACUGCUUUAUUGCAAACAAGUGCGCGGGCGGGCGCCGCGCUCGUAGUAUCCUUCAGAUCCAGGGGAGGCAAGGCCGAGGAAAAAGCGUUGAAGCGUGCCAAAAAUCGAAUUAGCGACGGAGCAAAAGUCGGCGCUUUGAUGUCUGCUCAGCAUCAACGAUCCGGCGACGUUAUCGACCCUCGCACGGGAAAGCGCGUGGAUGGUGAUUUGCCUCCCGAGAAAGAGAUUU